AUGAAGACCUCUGCCGUCAUUGUCGCCGCCUACGCUGCCGCCGCCGCAGCCUUGCCCUCGUUUGGAUCGUUCCACUGGGUCAACAGCACCGGCGUCAACAGCGUCAACAGCACCAGCGUCCCUAGCAACGUCACGACCAUCACCAACUCAACUGCCAUUGCCAACUCAACAUCCGGCGCCGGUGCUUCUUCUGGCGUCUCCGGUGUCAGCGCAAUUGGCGGUGACAGCGCUACCGCUCCUUACUUCACCAACGACACCAGCGCCAGCAACGUCACUUACUUGGGCGGCGGCAACGAGACUCACUUCUCGCCUAACCGCACUCACCUGCCCGUUCCUGUGCGUCGUUUCCGGGCUCAGCGAAAGUCUCUUGUCUAA